UCGCCUUUGCAACAUCAGUUGAGUGUUAGUCUUUCUUAAUCAUUUGGUUUUGAUUUUUAAGAACAGUAUACACAUAUUUCAGGCGUUAUGUUGGAAGGACAUCAAGUUUUGGGGUUUGGUUUCUUUGUGAUAGGUUUAUGGCACUUCUUCAACCACGUCAAGCUCCAUGCCCUUUGUUCCAAGUCCUACACAUCAACCCUAUGGUUCCCCACCACAAUAUCAAGAUACUUGGAGCUUCACUUCAUCAUGGCAAGUUGCACAAUGUUCAUUGCCUUGGAGCUCUUCAUUUCUCCCCUUCAUCACCAACCCUUUGACCCCGAUGGAACCAUUCCCUCCAACCAUCUCCACAACUUUGAACACUCCUCCAUGGCCAUGUCUUUCUUGGUCUACGCUAUCUUUGCCCUAGUUCUUGACAAAAAAUGCUCCAAAGCUCAGCAUGAGUUAACUCAUUUCUUAGGAGCCGUAGCUUUUGCACAACAGUUUCUUCUCAUCCGCUUUCACACUAGAGAUCACGUGGGGCCAGAAAGCCAAUACCACUUCUUCUUGCAACUUCUGAUCCUUGUUUCUCUGGCCACAACCCUCAUGGGAAUUGGCUUCCCUAAGAGCUUCUUGGUCAAGUUUGUUCGUUCUGUCAGCAUUAUCUUCCAAGGUGUGUGGCUUAUGAUGACGGGGUUUCUGCUUUGGACACCUGGUUUUCAAGCCAAAGGUUGCGUCACGCACCUUAAGGAAUACUUGGUCACAUGCAAAGAUGAUGAGGCCCUUCAUCGUGCUACCACCUUGGUGAACAUUCAAUUCAGCUGGAUGUUGAUUGGAGUCACCCUUUUCGCAUUGUCUUUCUACUUGGUUAUGGUUGGAAGAUAUGGUGAAAAAGUGGAGUACGUUUCACUGAGAAUGGAGGAAUAUUGCCGUGGAGAAGAUGGCUCGAACUUCGAUGUUGAAUCUCAAUCCCCAAAGAAAAACGUGCAAGAGCAAAUUAUUGGAAGCACUUUGUGAAGCAUAUAACAGGAAGCAAGACUAGCAAACAUAACAAUCAUAUACGAUUGCUGGACAGCAUAAAGAAUAUUAACAUAGCAGAUUUGUCACGUAAAGGUCAAUAGCACAUUGCUGGACAGAAUAGUGUUUGCCCCCACGAUAAACGAUUUCCCUUUUAGUUUCUUGGAUUUGAUCUGUUUUGUAUUUUUAAUAGAUUUAAAUAUACCUUUCUUCCCUAUAGUUGAGUAACUUUAUCUUUUAAUUUUUAUUGUAAAAAUAAAAUCAUUUUCGUUAUGAUGU